AUGGACUUUCGAGUCCAGGCCGUUCUGAGCGCCGUGUGGCCGACUGCACGUCGGCCCUUGGCACCUGUUGUGGUGCUGGGCAUCGACAUCCUCGAUGCCUUAGGCAUGACCUCCAGCGAGGAGGCUUCGCCACCACUCGUGUUCGAGCCAGAGCCAGGUGUUGUUCAAGAGCUGCGUGAAGCGGUGAUGAUACGGACCCCUCCGGUCGAGUACGAGGAUAUUGGGAGAUUCUGGGAGGUAGGCAUACGUCAUGACUCGUCGCCGCGACGGCAAGAGUUGGGUCGUCGGUGGAGCAGGGAGAGAGGACUUCCAGGCCUGCGCUGCGACCCUUUCAGCAGCUGGGGCCACUUCAUCGACACGGUUGGCGUCAGUUGUCACUUGAGAGACUUGCCAUGCUGGCGCUACAGUGCAUAUAAAGUUGACUUCGAAAAACAGCCGGCUGCCUGCAAUCUGUUCCUUCUCGUGGCAGUCGACAUUAUGAAUGAAGCAUUUGGCCCGCCCGGCGUCCCUUCGCCCGUUUGUCUCGCACAGGUGGCCAGGGCCUCAGGAGAAGCAACCUGUGUCAAAGAGGCAGUUGGGAUCUUUCACAGCAUCGCCGCGGCUGCCCUAGCGGCCUUCUCCAUCGGCCAACUGGACGCAGUGGAUUUUCGGGGAAGGAAUGGCCAGUCGCCUGCCCGAGAAGCAGUCGCGCAAGCCCAUGCAGCUAGCUUCUGCUUGCUGGAGGAACAGCAGAUGCGGCUGGGCACGCUACGGGAGAUGGUCCUGGUAAACCUUAACAGAUUCAGCUUCGUUGGGGAUCUAGCAGUGCAGCUCUUCAACUUUGCCCCGGAUCCUGGUGCGGCAGUCGUCGCGACGCACUACCUGUCCGACGCGAUAAGCAUGCCGAUAAUCGUGGCUUUCCUCGGAACGUUCUCUGGU